CAUCAGCAGACGGAUCAGAUCUACCUGCCCCUGCCCCAACAAGCAACCUGAUGCUGAUAGCCUCCACCUCUGCUCAAUUGAAUCCGCCCGCCUCUGCUGCUUUCUUGCUCCCUCUCCUCACUCUCCACGGUCGAUCGAUCCUGUAGAGACACCCGAGGUGCAGUGCAGUUCAGCUUUAGCAUAGGAUCGGAGGAGGUAGCCAGACCGAGGGAGCGGGUGAUCGAGAUGGCUACGGGAACGGAAUCGCCGGCGGCGACCGCCGCAGCCGCCAUGGCGGACCCGUCGUGCCCGCCGUUCCCUCUCCUGGAAGAGGAGGGGCAGCACGAGCGGGAGGAGGAGGAGAACGUGCCGCACGGUGGGGAGCUGGAGCUCCCGACGGUUGACCUGGAGGCGCCGGGGGAGGCGCUGGCGGCGGCGUGCCGGCGCCUCGGCGUCUUCCGGCUCGCCAACCACGGCGUCCCGGCAGACCUCUCGGCGCGCCUCUUCGCGGUGGCCCGGGACCUGCUGGGCCGGGCGCCGUUCCACAACAAGCAGGCCCAGCCCGGCUACUUCUGGGGCACGCCGGCGCUCUCCUCGCUCCGCGUCAGGGACGUCAACUGGGUCGAGGGCUUCCACCUCACCCUGGGCCGAGAUCACCAGCCCACCGCCGCCGCCUCCUCGCCCGACCUCGCCGCGCUGGCGGACCUCGCGCGCGAGUACGGCGCGCACAUGGCGCGGGUGGCGCGGACGCUGUUCGGCGCCCUCGCCGCCGCGCUGGGGCUCGGCGCGGGCCAGGCGUCUGCCUACCUCGCCGAGCACGACGGGUUCCUGCGGGCCUACCGCUACCCGCCAUGCCCGGAGCCCGGGCGCCUCGGGAUGGAGGCCCACACCGACAGCUCCGUGCUCUCCGUCAUCAGCCAGGACCUCGUCGGGGGCCUGCAGGUGCUCCACGGCGGCGCGUGGCGCGACGUCGCGCCAUGCGGCGGCGGCGGCACCGGCACGGGCAAGCUGCUGGUGAACCUGGGCGACAUGGCGCGGGCGAUCAGCGGCGACGCGUUCCGGAGCGUGCGGCACCGGGUGGCGGCCAGCCGGGGCGACGAGAGGCUGUCGCUGUGCUACUUCGCGUUCCCGCGCGAUGACGCCGUCAUCAGCUGCCGCGGCAGCAGGUACAGGCCCUUCACCUACGCCGAGUUCCGGGAGCAGGUGCAGGCCGACAUCAAGGCCACCGGAUCCAAGGUCGGCCUCGAGCGCUUCCUUGUUCACCAUUGAUUUGUCCCGUACUCUCGGUGAAGAAGGUAGUACGUGCGCAUGUGGAGUACGUAGUAAUCUCGGUGAGACUUUCUGCUAGUGAAUUCAGAGCUGUAAAAGCGAAUUACUUACUGCGUCUCAAAUUA